AUGUUUAAAAGAGAGUUUUUGCACAACGCCGCGCCGGUUAAAAAUAAAGAAACGGUACAACAUUUCGAAAAAACUGCCACCAGGAGAGCUGAUGGUCGGUUUGUGCUCCGUCUACCUGUAAAACCAGAAGUUAGCCAACUAGGCGAUAGCAUAUCUAUGGCCAUGUCACGCUUCAUUAGCGUUGAAAGAAGAUUAUCACGAGAUGAACAACUACGUACCGAGUAUGUAAAAUUCAUGACACAAUAUUUAGAAAUGGGUCACAUGGAGGAAGUAAUUGAAAACGAAAUUCCAACAUCAAGGCAAUUUUACUUACCACACCACGCAGUGGUCAAAACGGCCAGUCUAACUACAAAGGUACGAGUAGUUUUCGACGCAUCAGCUAAGAGCUCAUCAGGACUAUCUUUAAACGAUGUCCUAAUGUGUGGUCCGAGUAUCCAAGAAGAAUUGUUUUCGAUCUUAUGUCGGUUUAGAAGUCAUCAGUUCGUUAUCACUGCGGCUACGUAG